GGCGUUCUGAGAGUCUCACUCACAACUCCUCUCUUCCCCCCCUCUCACAUGCCCUGUAUACACAUCCCGAUUAGGUCACAUGCCUGUGUGGGAUUGCCCUAAUCAGUUGCUGUUCCAUCUCGCUGCAGCCAAGGCGGCAUCCGAUGCUCCAUCAGACCUCUACCGAAUCUUCUUGCUCUCAUCGUCAACAUAGUCGGUGCGCCUUGCUCACAUCCCUCUGUCUAACAACGCCUGCCCACUCUUCCCGCUCGGGGCAUGAUUCUGUACUCCGCCUCCUCCAUAUAGUAGUUAGUCCCCGCUACCUUGUCAUUCCUACUACUUUGGCCACUUCACUCAUUUCAGCCGACUCCUAUCUUUUCUUUUUUAUCACGUUCUUUAGAGCGGGGCUCUGUGUCUUCCGUACUGGCUACGAGAAGUUAUAUUCUUCUCACCAUUCAUUUCGGUUCUUUUGUGAGCGACACUCGUUGUUGUCCAACGCCUUUUUACAGUAUAGAACUCGUCUGAUAAGUGUUCUUGGCUCUAAGCGGUGAUAUACACUGCUUUGAUAUCGCCGUCCUAGCUUGACCUGUUUAUCGUACGGUUGCUACUUUCCUCUUCUUCCUUGAUGUCAAUGUCUCCGCUGUUU